UCCCACAUCAGAUGGAUGAAUAGCAGGUCUGUCCCGCCAGCUGUGUGCUCUCUCCCACCCAAAGAAAGCAGUAGAGAUUCAGACAGCAAAGCCUGGAGUAGCCCACGCAGUCGGCUACUGGCACCCGCUGCGUGUGAAGGCACUUAAAGGCAGCAACAUGGAAUCAGAAAGAGAAAUCAUCGACCUUCAACCUGAGAACCCCAACCCCAGGAGGAACCUGCCCAUCAACCUGAACCAUUAUGCCACCAAGAAGAGCGUGGCAGAGAGCAUGCUGGACAUGGCUCUCUUCAUGUCCAAUGCCAUGCGGCUGAAAGCGGUGCUGGAGCAGGGGCCGUCCUCGCAAUACUACACCACCCUCAUCACCCUCAUCAGCAUCUCUCUGCUCCUGCAGGUCGUCAUUGGAAUCCUCCUCGUGGUCAUUGCACGGCUGAACCUCAAUGAGGUAGAGAAGCAGUGGCGACUAAACCAGCUCAACAAUGCUGCCACCACCUUGGUCUUCAUCACCGUUGUCAUCAAUGUCUUUAUUACAGCCUUCGGGGCACAUAAGGCAGGGUUCCUGGCUGCCAGGACCUCAAGGAAUCCUCUGUGAACUCAGCUUUGGACCCAGGUACGGGGUCUGGAGCUGCUUCAGCCUCUUUCCUCCCUGCUCUGCCAAGCUGACAAGCCCUUUCCACAGCCCCUGGGAGAGCUCCUGAAAGGGUAGUGUAGAUGCCUGCUUCCUACCCACAGCACUUGAAGAUGGGAUGUUGUACAGGUCUACGUGAAUUCCGUCUUGACCUGGAGUCCUGAGCUCACACUGGGGUAGUGCCAACCUUUCCUUCUGGUAGCUUCUCCUGCACCUAGUGUCUAUUUAAGGCCAAGUCCACCCAGCUUAAGGACUCUGGUUCUGACUACCCCAUUCCCUUCCUUUGCCCCACCCAUCCCCUCUGCUCCAGGCCUGUGUUCCCUUUCUGUAAAAUGGAAUGAUUUCUAUCUAUAAAGAUUUCUGCAAAUCUACUGAGAGUCAAUAUUUAUGUCUUUAGUUGCCAUUUCCAUCUGUAUCAUGGAAAGAGCUCAAAGGAGCAAAUCCCACGCCUGGAGGGAGAAAAGGCUUUUAUAUCACUCCCUCUCCUGUGGGUCCUGCUCUGAGUCAACUUUCCUGGCCCCACAUGCCUUGGGCUAAUUACCAUGUGCUACAUGAAUGGCAGAUCAGUCAAUUCGAGACUGGUGCCUGUAUGCAUAAUCCUUGUUGAGAUUCUAUAAACCUAUUCUAGCUUUCAUAUUAGCACCUUCUCUUAGGCAUGUGUUUAAGGAAUAAACUAAUUUUGUUCUUGGCCUAGACCAAAUAUAACUGCGAAGGUCAUGUUACACCUCUAAAGCAUCAACGGGGCAUCCCCAGCUCAAACAGAAAGAAUUUUCACAUUGUCUGCUAUUUUAGAAUAAGCCACACCUUGGCUCCUCUCCACUGCUCACCAAAACCAUCUUGGCCCUGUAUCUAGCCUAAUUCAUCCUGGGUGUCCAUUAGCCUUUCUCCACUGAAACCACCUAUCUCCAUUAAUCUGCCAAACAGAAAAUGCCUGGUUUAUCAGAUUGUGAGCUCCUCAUACAGGAACAAUGUGGUCCCUUCCUGAAGAAACCACAGCUGAGAAGGAUGUCCCCCACACAGCAAGCAUCAAACUAAAGGGUGAAGAGUGGUAUGCAAGGGUCCUUGGCUUGUCCAUCAGAGGCCAGACAGCCAAAUGGACACAUGAACCCUGGGGCCCUCAUCCCAACC